AUGACAGUCAAACAAGUUAAUACUCCAUCAUUCAAACUACCAAAUGGUGAUAUUCCAGCAAUUGGCUACGGAACAGGUACUAAAUGGCAACAUCUUAAAAAAGGUAGAGCUGAAGACAUCAGAACAACAUUGGAUGAAAACUUAUCCAAUGCUAUUAGUCAAGCCAUCAAGUUAGGUGUUACUCAUAUUGAUACUGCUGAAAUUUACACCACACAUAUCGAAGUUGCUCACGGUAUUAAACAAUCAGGUAUUGAAAGAUCUAAAAUCUGGAUCACCGAUAAGUAUUCCCCAGGUUAUGGUAGUUUCCCAGCACCUAGUAAGACCCCAUAUGAAGCCAUCAAGACGGCCUUGAGAGAACUGGAGGUGGAGUACAUUGACUUAUAUCUCAUACACGCACAAUUUUUCAAACCUGAAUUGACCCAUGGUGUUACUAUUGAACAAGCUUGGGCUGAUUUGGAAAAAGCUCAUAAAGAAGGUUUCGUGAAAAAUAUUGGUUUAUCAAAUUUUGAUAUUCCACAUAUUGAAAAAAUCUUGAAAGUCGCAAGUGUCAAACCAUCUGUUUUACAAAUUGAGUUCCAUGCUUAUCUUUUCAAUCAAUCACCAGGUAUUAUCGAAUAUGCAAAGAAGAAUGAUAUCUUGGUUGAGGCUUAUGGCCCACUAUCCCCAGUUAUUAGGGCUUCAGGAGGUCCAUUAGACCCAGUAUUGAAGAAACUGGGUGAAAAAUAUGGCAAAAAUGAAGCUCAAGUUUUGUUGAGAUGGGUUUAUCAACAAGGUAUUUUACCAAUCACCACAAGUUCAAGCGCUCAAAGAAUUACAGAAGCAUUAGCUAUUUUCGAAUUCGAGUUGGAACAAGCUGAUGUUGAUUUGAUCACAAAAGUUGGUUCAGAACAUCAUUUCAGAGCAUUUUUCCCAGAUUUUGAUAAAUAG